UGGUUAGAGCCUGUAAGUAAGAAUUUCACUGUAAGGGGAGCUGUUGUAUUCGGCGCACGUGACAAACUUUGAUUUGAUGUUCUGGCGAUCUCUCUCAUCAGCUCCUCCACCUCUACCUGCCUGGCUGUUACUUUGGCCUCCAGGGCUGAAAAACCAUGAAAAUAAUCAUCAGUGAACAUUCAAUCUACCAUAGGUUUAAAAAAUGUGACCUAUAAAGGUUAACUAUUUCCUUUUAAGUAAAUGUUUGUCAUUACCUGCAUUCUCCGUCUCACUGACUGUCACUCUGGCCUCCAUGGUUGACAGUUCGCUGCUUGGGCUGAAAUUAUGGAAAUGUUUUAAUGCUCACAAGCCAGAAUUUAUUUUAUCCCACUUUUCCCAAUUUCAAUUACGAUCUUGUGUCAUCGCUGCAACUCCCCAUCGGGCUCAGGAGAGGCGAAGGUCGAGUCAUGCGUCCUCUGAAACAUGACCCACCAUAUCGCGCUCCUUAUCAUCCCCCCCCCCAAAAAAGCUUGUAUGUAAUCCAUUUUGAUCCUGUUCUCCUCCCCUGAUGAAAUAUCACAUGGAUUUUGGGAGUGUGUGUGCUCGCGGAAAUGAGAUGUUAUUCUCGGCUCCAAUGUUAAAAUGGAAGCUGAUAGUUUGGUCUCCUGCUCAGCCUACUUCAGCUGCCCUAUGGUGUAAUGGGUGUGUCCUUUCUUCCUCCCCGAUGGACAUGUGGUUCUCUCUUUCUCUUAUCUUUGUACUGUAUAUAUUGUUCAGGCCUGUGUGGGCGUCUGGAAGGUUUUGGUUGGUCUUGUGAGUGGGAUGGGGAGAGGGUGGGAUGGAGAGAGGGAUGUGGCUGGUUUUUAGUGUGUGUGUGUCACCCCAUUCAGUGGCUAGGAGGGUGUUGGAGGUAUUAUUUUGAUUGAUCUAGGCUAUGUUGCCAUGGUGACCCAGAGCACUGUUAUUCUCACUCUCACUCUCACCUCCCCCCUCUUAGUACCUGAUGAUCUGAGUCCCGAGGAGAGACAGGAGUUGGAGAGCAUCCGCCGUAGGAAACAAGAACUACUGCAGGACAUACAGAGGCUGAAGGAUGAGAUAGCAGAGGUGACAAAUGAAAUUGACAACCUAGGCAUUACCGACGAGAGGAAAAGCAUGCAGAGAAACAAGCAGGUGUCCAUGGGGUGCAAGAAGUUCAACAUGGACCCAGAGAAGGGGAUCCGGUUUUUGAUUGACAGCGGUCUGCUGAAGAACACCAGCAAUGACAUUGCCCAGUUCCUCUAUAAAGGGGAGGGGCUAAACAAGACCGCCAUCGGAGACUAUCUAGGGGAGAGAGAGGAUUUCAAUCUUGAGGUUCUACAAGCCUUUGUGGAGCUGCAUGAGUUUACUGACCUUAACCUGGUCCAGGCCCUCAGGCAGUUCCUGUGGAGUUUCCGGUUGCCAGGUGAAGCCCAGAAGAUCGAUCGCAUGAUGGAGGCGUUUGCCCAGAGAUACUGUCACUGUAACCCUGGCGUCUUCCAGCACAGCGAUACGUGUUAUGUGUUGUCGUUUGCUGUGAUCAUGCUGAACACCAGUCUCCAUAACCCCAAUGUGAAGGACAAACCCUCCCACCAGAGAUUCAGCGCCAUGAACAGAGGAAUCAACGAUGGCGGAGACUUACCAGAGGACCUACUCAGGAACCUGUAUGAGAGUAUAAAGAACGAACCCUUUAAGAUCCCAGAGGAUGAUGGGAACGACCUCACACACACUUUCUUCAACCCCGACCGGGAGGGCUGGCUACUCAAACUAGGAGGGCGUGUGAAGACGUGGAAGAGACGAUGGUUCAUCCUCACAGACAACUGCCUGUACUACUUUGAGUACACUACUGAUAAGGAGCCUAGGGGUAUCAUCCCUCUGGAGAAUCUUAGUAUUAGAGAGGUGGACGACUCUAAGAAACCAAACUGUUUUGAGCUGUUCAUCCCGGACCACAGGGAUCAGGUGAUCAAGGCGUGUAAGACCGAGGCGGACGGACGCGUUGUCGAGGGCAACCACACCUUCUAUCGAAUCUCCGCCCCCACAGCCGAGGAGAAGGAAGAAUGGAUCACCAGCAUCAAAAAAGCCAUCAGCAGGGACCCCUUCUAUGAGAUGGUGGCAGCCCGGAAGAAGAAGGUGUCGGCUCUGACUAGCCUGUAGGAAAGACCCAGGCUCCAGCACUUCAGCAGGAGAAGCAGGCCUCACUCUACUCUAUAGCUCAGUGUCUAUGGACCUGAACUAAAGGACCUAUGGAAUUAUGUACAUAAGAAAGCAGAAUAUCCCCACAAUCUGAAAGGUGGAAGUUGUCAUCAUAUUGAUUACAUGUUGCUUUCUUCAUAUUCACAAACACUGGAGGGAAGGAUUUUGAAGGGGCACGGGUUUAGGAUGGAGAUCAGGAUGCCGAGAGGAUUGGACCUCCUUCAGCGCCCUCUACAGGAAGUUACAUCAUGCAAUAUUUUGCUUUGAUAUAAAAUGAACAGAGAAAGGUGCCAUUUAACCUCUUUUUACAUAAACCUCUUCUCAUAGUGCUGUCAUUACUACAGAACAUAAUCUCUUUCUGAAUGGUUCCCAUAACAAACCACCACUGUUUCCUCUCUCGCUCUCUCUCUUUCUCCCCUUACGGGUCGAGAUGAUACUUUGUUGUUUUGUUAAAUAUUUCCAGGUCAUUGGCCUGUGUCAGUGAUCCGGGGGUGAGAUAUGGGAGCUGAGUCGGCACAAUAGUUUAAAAAAAUACUGUCUCGGCCAAAAGCCUUGUUAUGCCAUCACUGUGUUAGUUCUACUCUUAAUUUAGUUUCUUGUUUUGAUACCUCUGUUACUACAACUGCACAGUCACGUGGAAGAGGUAUUAAGGAGGGAGGGGAGAAAUAAAUAAAGGGGAGAGGGAAACAAAGGAUCGUAAUAUCACUACUCAGGUUGAAAUAUUCCGUCUCUUAUUCUGAUAUUGUUACAAGUACUUUUGCAGAAGCAGCAGUAAGUUUGCAGGGGAUAAUUUUUUAAAGACCUUUUACAGUGUUAUACAGUUGUAUGAUGUCUGUUACAAAUGUGUUGUCUUAUAAUAUGCAUUUCUGUCAUCACUGACCCCUUUGGAGGGCUGUGUUUUUCAUUGGCAGAUAAAUUAAUCAGCAAUUUUUGUUCACAAUGCACUGUUUAUGAAAUGUAAAUCAAGCUUGAAUUAUUUGUUUAUUUAUCAAUAAAACAUAAUUACUUGUGAAGUUGUUUUGUAUCAUAAA